AUGGAGGGACAGUGUAUGGGAUUUGUUGAUAUUGAGGAGAUGGAGCUAUUUAUGAGCAGGUAUAUGGUGAUGGUUUAUGAUGAUCGGCUGUAUAUUGGGAAGGAUCGUAUGCGAUCUUUAUCUGCCAUAAAUAAGAUUUCAAACGUAUCAUUUGGUUCGAUUUUGCCUGAUGACUUUAUCUCCACUACAUUUGAAUGUCUAAAAGAGCAAGAUAAGGGAUUACUGUAUACUCCCGAGCAGUCAUCAGCAGUCUUGUCAGCAAAAUGUGAUGGCUAUAAACGAUCAACAUUACUUGAUAACUUACCAUACAUCGCUGUGUAUUUUACUAAUGAUGACGCAUCCGAUACACUUUCACCUUCCUUGAGAAGCUAUUUGAAUUUGAUGCACUGUUUAUUAUCACUAGCAGUUUCGCUGUAUGAUCCAUGGAGCGCAACGCGAUUGCUCAGCAAAGUGUGUCCCAAAGUCUUGCCAGCUUUACGGCGUAGUGCGCAAGAAUCGAUGGGAUAUCUUAAUAUUAUGUCGGUGCUGAUUUCGUAUGUUAUGAUAGCACCAGUUGAAGAUGACCAUAAUACUGAUGUCGAACUUCGUGUCGAUUUUCCAGUGUUAAAAAACUUUGUUGAUACAGUGAUGGCAAUGCAUGAGGCACUACAGAAUGAUACGCAACCGAAUGAAGCAGUGAAGUCCGCACUUAAAAUGGCCGCUAAAUUCAUGGUUACCAUACCGAACUACACUAGUCCUUCUGUUAUGAAUAAAAUGAUCGUGUAUCUCAACAAGAACAUUGAGCAGUUAUCAGCUAAUUUCGCACUGAUAAAUUCAACAGUAAUGAGCAAUAAAUAUCAGACAAAAACAUCCAAUCAAACAGAUGCAUAUGUGAUAACUAUUUCUCUUUGUGACCGGCUUACAUGUCUCAAUGUUAUUGAAGAUAUUGGAGUUAUUUCACCACUUUUUAAAACUCCCAACAGCAAAGAUGUGGUAUCAAAUCCGGUGACUCCUGUUAAUCGAAAAGAAAUUGCAAAACAAAAUGCAACAUCAAACGUACAGGAAAUUCGUAUUGCUAGCUUCAUCAACAUUGAUACACCAUUAUCUCGAUCUUUGGCUAGAGUGGAAAAUUAUGACGAUCUUACUGUUCCAUUGAAAGAAAAUAUUCCCGUUAUUCCGGAAAGCUUAGAAAAGAAAACUUCCCACAAGGCGUUGAUUCCGAUAUCUAAGAAGAAAAAAUUUUCAUGUAGGAAACUAAAUUUAUUUGCUGUUGCGAAAGACAAUCAACGGAAGUGUACGAAGAAAGGUUUUGGAGGUCAGACAAAAAUAACUAAUUUUUUCAAAAAGAAUUCGUGA